UCUGCCCCUCCGCUCUGUGGCCGGGAGGCUGCAGGAUAAUGGCGGCGAGCGCGCGGGGCGGCGGGUGGCUCGGAGCGGAGUGCGGGGCGGGCUGGGGCCCCUGAGGCCGCCGCCAUGUACUCGGCGGCCGCCGCCGCCGCCUCGCCGCCGAGACGGGACUUCAUCUCGGUGACCCUCAGCCCUGAGGAGGCGGUGGGGGCUGGUGGCUACAACAACAGCAAGGCCUGGAGGCGGCGCUCCUGCUGGCGGAAAUGGAAGCAGCUGUCGCGACUACAGCGGAGCGUAAUUCUCUUCCUGUUUGCCUUCUUGGCAGUCUGCGGAGUCAUUUCAUAUACAAACAUGGGAGAGCCGUGGAAAAGUCUAACAAACAAAUCAUUGGACGAUCAGAGAAUAGAACCAGAAAUUCCUGGGCUAAAGUUGGCAAAUCCAGCUGUUUUGCCAGCACCUCAGAAAGCAGAUGCCAACCUUGGAGACUACCCAGAGCUUUCACCUCAGAAGAAGCAGCCAAAGCUGCCUCAUGUCCGACGUGGUCCUCCUAAUCUUCAGAUCAAGCCACCACGGAGGGACAUGAGGCUAAAGACCCAACGUGAUACCAACAAGGUUGUAGAAGAACCAGUCCAGGCUGAUAAGGAAGAGAAAACGGAGAAAUCUGUUAUCAGCUGGAGAGGAGCAGUGAUAGAACCUGACCAAAGCACUGAACCUCCUUCUAGUAAAAUAAAGGAACCAGAAAAACCUUCAUCUAUGGAAGCUGAAAGCCAGAAAGAACCAGUGCCCAUAAAUGAACGUCAGAUGGCUGUCAUAGAAGCAUUCCGCCAUGCCUGGAAAGGCUAUAAGGAGUUUGCCUGGGGACAUGAUGAACUGAAGCCUUUGUCCAAAUCUUACAGUGAGUGGUUUGGACUUGGGCUUACUUUAAUCGAUGCUUUGGAUACCAUGUGGAUUUUAGGCUUAAAAGAAGAGUUUGAAGAAGCAAGAAAAUGGGUAGCAGAUGACUUAGUAUUUGAUAAAAAUGUGGAUGUGAACCUCUUUGAGAGCACUAUUCGUAUCCUCGGGGGCUUGCUGAGCACCUACCAUCUCUCUGGAGAUAGCCUCUUCCUGGAAAAAGCAAAAGACAUUGGGAGCAGGCUUAUGCCAGCAUUCAACACACCCUCCAAGGUACCUUACUCGGAUGUCAACAUUGGCCGAGGCACUGCACAUCCACCUCGAUGGACAUCUGACAGCACGGUGGCAGAGGUGACCAGCAUUCAGCUGGAGUUUAGGGAGCUCUCUCGUCUCACCGGAGAUGAGAAAUUCCAGAAAGCUGUAGAUGAGGUGAUGAAGCAUGUUCAUACCCUCUCAGGGAAAAAUGAUGGACUAGUGCCUAUGUUCAUAAACACCAAUAGUGGGCAGUUCACUCACCUGGGUGUCUAUACUCUGGGAGCCAGAGCUGACAGCUACUAUGAAUAUUUGCUCAAGCAGUGGAUUCAGGGUGGGAAAAAAGAAAAUGAACUGUUGGAAGACUAUGUGAGAGCCAUAGAAGGAGUGAAAAAGCAUCUUCUUCAGAGAUCACAACCUAAGAAGCUUACCUUUGUAGGAGAGCUUGCUCAUGGCCAUUUCAGUGCCAAGAUGGAUCAUUUGGUUUGCUUUUUGCCUGGUACUUUGGCACUGGGAGCUCACAACGGAUUGACUGCUGAUCAUAUGAAAUUGGCUGAGGCCUUAAUAGAAACCUGUUACCAGAUGUAUGUGCAAGUGGAGACAGGCCUGAGUCCAGAGAUCGUACACUUCAAUCUUCAUGCACAAAAGGGCCACAAAGAUGUGGAAAUCAAGCCUGCAGACAGGCAUAACUUGCUGCGACCGGAAACUGUGGAAAGCCUUUUUUAUAUGUACAGAUUCACCGGAGAUAAGAAAUACCAAGACUGGGGCUGGGAAAUCUUGCAAAACUUCAAUAAGUAUACACGGGUUUCUACGGGCGGUUAUACUUCCAUUAACAACGUCCAGAAUCCCAGUAAUCCAGAGCCACGAGAUAAGAUGGAGAGCUUCUUCCUUGGGGAAACGCUCAAAUACAUGUUUUUGCUGUUUUCAGAUGACAUAGACUUAAUCAACCUUGACAAAUAUGUAUUUAACACAGAAGCUCAUCCACUUCCAAUUUGGAUGCCAGCAUAGACUUGGUGUCAGUAGAUGUUCCAAUGGUGGCAUUUUUAUCUUCAAGUCACUUUACUUUUCAGGGUUUGAAGAGAGAUGCUGUAUUUGCACCUUUCUUGUUUUAAAAUGAAUGAACAAAACAGUUGGGAAAGCAUCUCUGGUUUAGAGAAAUCUCGUCAGUCUUAAAUCUACCCCCUGCGCUUUAGUUUGGGGAUGGACAAACCGUGCCAUGCUAAGCUGCUUUGCCUGGCAUUGAUGAUUAGGUCGAGAGAAUAAUUGUAAUGUGGACCAUGACAUUCACUGGGCUCUGGUGAACCAGAACUCACUUGUCAGUCUUACUAAAUGGUAAUUAAAUAUCAGGAAUGCAGCAAGCUGUCUUACAGCACAGGAUAGAUUUCUGGUUUAUUCUGGACGUACUGAAACACUUGGUUUAUGGUACCAUUCCUUUGUAAGAACCUGUAGUGUUUCAAGUGGUAAGUGGAAUAACCAAUGAACUGUACCAUUGUCCCAGGUAAAAGCGAAGGUAUCGGUGUUGUUACUGAUACUCUGAUUUCAUUCCAGACUGUUGAGCUAUGCUGCAUUACGCUAGCAGAAGAAAGUUGCAGCAAAGCACCUGUCGUACAGUAUCUUAAUUUUCUAGAGCACUUUGAACAGUCUGUUCAAGCUGUGGCUGAAAUGAAUGAUGGAAAGUUAAGUAGAAAAUUUGCUGCUGGUUUGGCUCAAAGUGGUAUAUAAUUUUGUAGAGGUGUUGCAGUUUUUUUAACUUAUCUGCAGGAAUGCAGGAGACAAUGUGAAACAAGUGAAACUACACAUGUGUUUUAUAUAUUAUUUGCAUCAGUUAGACUCAGGUAUUCUGACUGAAAGCUGCUUUGUGAGGUUGGGCACUGGGAAAGCUUGUGAGCACAUUAGAUAUAGUUCCAGCUCAACCUCCUUCCAUCCCUUCCUGUCCAGAUCUUGCAUAUUAAGAUGUUUGCUGGCUUAAAACAGGCUUACAAUUGUACAGCAACAUUCAUGCUUUUCUGUUUUUUUUUUUUUUUUUUUUUUUUUUUUUUUAACUGAGGAGAAAUUUGCAAUUCUUGUUUUUUCUUAGCACUACCUUGGGUGGAAGCAUUUUCAUCAGUAGUAUUAAAAGCAGACAGUCUAAAUAUAUUAUGGCAGUUCCUAGUCCCAGUAGACUUACUGAAGUCUGUUUAGUUCCUUGAAGGGAAAGCAGACCACAGAUCUGUUUAUAAAGGAAUCUUACCAGAGCCCUGGGGUCUUUCGUUUUUACAUGUGCAAAUAGGUUUUAAACCAUAAAUUUUGAAAUUAGCUUUCUAAAGUGCAUUUCCUUUUGAUUUUGUAGCUACUUGAACAGUUCUGUGUUCAGUAAUAAGUUCUCAAAAAUGUGCUUUUUCAUAUUUUUAAAGAGGUUGUUCUCACCAAAAUGUUCUUCCCCCUAUUAUUGGGAGCCGUGGGAAGUUAUAUGCAGGUGCGUGGCAGUGAGAAUGAAGUCCAGUCCCCUCCAAGUCUGGGGCUAUGAAACAGAAAUAAUAUAAAUCUGACUAUAACAGUUAAUUUUCCAGUAGAUGUGGGGGUUGUAUGUGUUUUACAAUAUCUGUAACCUUUGUUUUGUUAAGUAAGCUACAUCUUUAUUUGUUUUACGCUGAUCAAUCCUGUUUGCUGGAGUCAGAAGUUACCCUUUGGACCACUAUUUAAGUCUCUUAAAGAAUAUUUGUCAUUCCGUUUACUAAUGAUGGCUUACGGAAAUUGAGAAUUUUUUACACAUUAUUUAACUUUACCAUUCUUUGUCAUCAAAGAGACCCUGGGUUUUGCAGAGUGUUGGUGUUCCUCCAGUUCAAACACCACGAGUAACCCUGGAAAUAGCUGAAGUUUCUCACUUAAGUGUGCAGUGGAAUCUAGGAGUCAUAGCCUGAACAACUGAUUUGUUACUAAGGCUUUUGUUUUCUUUGUCAUAACAGUAAAGAAGGAAAAUGCCAUUGAAAUGUAGGAGGAAACACCUUCAGUGUUUUCUUAACUCUGUGGAGCAGGUAUGGGGUUACUGUGGAGUUGAGCUUUGGCUAAAAGCCGACGGGUUAAAAAGAGAGGUUGUGGAGGGGGAAACCAACUCAGUGAGACUGCUUAGCCUCUGCUCACUUUUGCUGCUUUGGCCUUGUGCCUUCGAUUGAAGCUAGUAUUGAACCCCUCAUUGCUGAUUUUGCUAUGGGCUACAAGAAUUCCAGAGUGUGGAGGUGUUUCACCUAUAUGACGGCCUUACUAAACAGGAAUAAAGAGCAAAUUCUUAGAACACGGGAUACGUUUAAAAAUACUCGCCAAACAUCUACUGUCGAAGUCCUGUGUUAGUCUUAAAAACUGGUCAGCCCUACAAAUGGCACUGUGGAGCUUGUGUUAUAACUCCCUUCUGUCUCUCACUUGGCUUGAGAGUAAAAAGACGUGGAAUUAAUUGGCCUCAGAAUGAGUAAAAGGGAAGAAUAAAUCUUCCCUUUCCAAAUGCAGUUUUUGUCUUUUACCUGAGCAGGGUCUGAUUUCUUCUCUACCUAAUUCAUCCUAGGAAACUGAGCUCUCUUUGCAAAAUACAGCUUUAUUGUCCCCGUCCUUUAAAUUUGAAAUUAUUAUUGUUCAACUCUCUGCUUAGUGUUGAAAACAAAUGAUUGUUUCAGACUCCUGCAUCGCACGUGAAAUGCCGAGAACCUAAAUAAUCUGAUAAAAGCUCACCUGCUUCUUCCUGCUCUUCUGCAGUCACUUUAAUUGCUAAUAUAUUUUUACUUCUUUAACAUGAUAGGUUGUGUCAGAUUAGCCUGUGAAAUUCAUGGCCCAUCUCAAUUCCACUGUGCAUCUCCCCCCAGCCGAACAGGACCUUUGUACAUCUCUGGAAAGUUUUCCUUCAGGUACUCUGUGGUUCUUUGAACCAAAGCCUUAACUGCAGGGUGUAUAAUCCAUCUCGAUAUUUCAACGUGGCACGCUUCUGAUGCUUAGAUCACCGGACGCUGUGGAAAGGCCACAUCUUCAUCCACUGAUCCUGCCCUUUUGCACAGAGAGCUGCCUUGGUUUCUCUCCAAGAGCUUGAGUGCCUUGCCUAAUUUAAAAAAAAACAACAAACAAAAAACCCCCACCCAGCUACACCGUUCAUUUAUGCUUUCACUGAGAAGCAGAAACGGGUAUGGUCACAGCUAUAGAGUACCACACAGCUACAGAGCUUGGAAACCUCACACUCUGGAGUUUGUCAGAGCUCAGAAAGAAAAAAUAUGUACCUUUUUGCUCAAAGUUAAUUAGGGAGCUGGAUGGAAGCACAUCUAAGCAUCUAAUCUCUAAUCACUUCAGAACUGCAGCCUUGCUACCAGUCUUGGAAAUUGGGAGUUUUUCAAGGUGCUUACAGGGGCCCUUCCAUGUUUCACAUGAGUGUCUGUUAGCAAGAUUUUCAGCAUUACAUGCUAAACUCAAAUAGAGCUGUGUUCACUCCUUUAAAUACUAGGUAGAAAACCAGCUUUGUUUCCAAUUCUAUUUCAGUGUGAUACUGCAGCGAUGAGGGAUUGCAGACAGGACAGGUUUUUGCAACUAAUAUGUUAAACAGUGCUGUGCUUUUCUCCUGCCCUUUAAAACUAUAGUUAUUUGCUUCAGCUAUGCUCUCCCAGAAAUAAUCCUGCAGGCAGAGCAGCUCCUUAUUUCCAAUGCCACACUCAGUUUUCAGCGUGACACGACAGGUUAGCUCUCUGCUGCUAUCUGGCAAGCUUGUUGCUGCUAUGGAAGAGUUAAGAGUUUCCUGAUUUUUUUUUUUUUUUUUUUUUUUUUUUUUUUUGGAUUGAGGAAAAAUGGUUUGGAUUUUUUUUUUUUUUUUUUGGUCUCUCUGAGGUAUUGUUAGAGGCUAUUGGCAAAUUCAAAGUCUGGAUGCCUCAGCUUUUGCUAAAAAACCAAACAUGUUCUACUGAAAUUGAUGCCUUCAACUUCCCAGGGAAACCUGCUAACUUUAACGUUCUGUUUCAAGCUCUGAUUGAAAGAUAUAUGACCAGAGACAGUUUUUACUAUUUUGUGCAAUGUUCCUGUCUUGGCCUUAUGCUUUCUGUGCUGGUACGUGAUGAAUAAUACACACCUCUUCUCAACAGUACUGCUGCUAUGGAUCUGAAAUCCUUAUGGGGGCUUCAUCCAUGGAUGGUGCUCCCUAUCACUUAUUGCCUGCUUACAUUCCACUUUCCUUUUGUGUUCAGUCAUCAGCGCUGUUUUCAAGACAUGCAAGAACUGUGACUGUUCUGGUUGGAUUCUUCCCUCCAGCUCACAGAGCACCCCACAACCAGCAUUUUCCGCUUAGAUCCUGUUCUUCCUUGCCAAAGGCUUCAAAGCUGUUUAUAGAAGCUUGCUGCAUUCAUUUCAGACAUCUCCAAAGUUUUUGAAGCAUCUAUUUGUAAUUAUUUUCAGCAAUGCUCAUCUUUCAUCUGCAUGCAAGUCUGUUAUGCUUUGAAGUCCACGUGUAUCUUUGCUUAUCCCUUUGCCAUAGUAUCUGAAAGCCUUUAGUAUUCCUCCUUCUGUACAAAUCAAACACUUGAUUUGUGUUUCUUAGACUACACUGAUUCCUUUGGUGUGAGCAGUAUCUGCAAGAAGAGAAUAACAGAUCUGUAGAAUCCCUUAACUUCAUAGUUAUAAGAUUGAAGAACUUGUAUCCCUCUGGAAGGUCAAAAAACACCUAAGCAUCUGUUCACUCAAAGGCACAAAACAAGCCACUGUCCAAAGUUGGUAACUUGGAGAAUACUUUCCAAGAGACUUAUACUGAACUUGGGUGCUUUAAUGCACUGUAAAUCUCAGGCAGAUCCUCACUGGGUUGGUUUAAUUAGGAAGCCUGCUUGCAGGAGUUAGGGAUGUUAGAAAGGCAAUAUAAACAAGAAGUAAUCCUCUUUGUCUGUGGAGAUAUCCACCAUCAUCAUCUUUCUCCUGGGGUGCUGGUCCUGAAUAAUUGCUAUAGGAUAGCAGAUCUCAAUUCAGAAAAGUCUUGGUUUUAGCACCUCAGUCAGGUUGCAAGUGGGAACAUUGUAUAAGCCAUAGCUGCAACAAACCUGAAGCCUGACUUUUAGGAUGAACAAAAGGGACACUUAAGCUCUUACCCAGGUUUUCCUACAGCGUGAAUGCAGAAGAUUCAAGUCUUAGUGAGGAUUGUAGUUCCAUUAAUAGUCUUAAAAUAUUUCUGCUUUCUGGGGGUGCAGUUUGACUAAUCAGGUCUUUUGUUCUUUGUUUGUAAAUAUCUGAAAGAUCUCAAUAAUGGACCUUAUCUGUUCCUACCCAGUGUGGGAGUGGGGGAGAGGCUUUGCUAUUCUGUGCUUAAGAACAGGGGAGCGGUAAGUGGGUUUUAUGCAAAAACCUUUUGUCAGCACCUGAAUAUUGUGAAAUAACAUCAGUGACUGACAUAGUAGCUCUGGGAACCAAUUGUACUGUGAUAGCAGGAAGGACAUAGAAGUGCAAAUACUUAAUACAAAGCCUUGUUUUUGAGCAAUGUAAUAGAAGUCGAAGCAAUGCUGUGACUUUGCCUGUAUAAGUAAUGUUAGCAUUUGAUGACCUGGGAGGCUUCCCCCUACCCUGUAUAAAUCACUGUAAAUUGAUCAACUAAGACAUUCAAUCGAUUACUGUGGUGUAGUAUUUUUGCAGUUAUGCUAAUAUUUAUUGGUACACAGUAAUUCCAGUAGGUAAGAAUCCACCUGUUAAUGUGCAAAGAUGAAUUUAUUACACCUUGAAAGGUGAGAACUAUCCUUUUUUAUCUUUGGUUAUACUACCAAGCCAUGAAAUUAUAUCACACACUUUAAUAAACUUGUAAUUUAUUUUAAAAA